UUGACAGUGCGGCACAUUCACCACGCACAGCUGAGCUUUGCUAUUAUUUAAUCGCACAACAUUUCGUUGACAUUCAUAAAAAACUUGAAUAAAAUCACAUAGUACAAAAUGUCCAAAGUUCCCGAAACUGUUGCCUUAGAACAAUUGGAUAAGGAUCAAAUGAAAACAUUUUCAGAUUUUCUAAUGUCCUACAACAAGCUGAGUGAAAUGUGCUUUACAGACUGUGUGCGCGAUUUUACGUCUCGCGACGUUAAAGACACAGAGGAGAAAUGCUCGCUGAAUUGCAUGGAAAAGUAUCUGAAGAUGAAUCAACGUGUCUCGCAGCGCUUCCAGGAAUUCCAAAUGAUUGCCAACGAGAAUGCACUAGCCAUGGCCCAAAAGACCAGCAAGAUGUAGAGAUAGAAACAGAGAGGGAGAGAUCGAAAGAGAGCUGCAAGUUCUCAAAUCCAAGUAGUUUAGUUAACAACAAUACACCGAUACCCUAACCGAGCAAUGCAUUUUUGUUGCAUUUGUAUGGUCCUUAACUAGAUAUUUAAUAAAUACCAGAAAAAAUAAAAUAAAAAUGAAAAGAAUUGUGUACAGGCUAGUUACGGUUUGUUAUAACAUUAAAGUUACGCAUUUAUUUUGU